AAAGCUUUCUCCAACUUUCAUCCUCCGAGCUUGCUGCAAUACUUCUGGGCAAUUGCUCCUGUCGCAACCAGUCGUAGCGAUUAUUAUCAUCUUACUUUCAAUCUACUCAGCUUCUCCGAGCGCAAGCGCUCGGCGCUUCCAUCUACAGUUAUCCCCAUCCAUCACUUUUCUCUCGCGCUUUCCUUCAGCAACUAUGAACACCCAGCGCUAGCAACGUAUGCGCCGACGAGCUCUACCUACUCAGCAAACCCCAGCCACCACUACUUCGCCUACCAUCUCAUCAAUCCCCCAAGCAAAGAGAUGCCCAACCAACCACCACCACCAUCCCCCCGCAUCCUCACCACAACCCGUAAACCACCACCCCCCUUUCCCCCCUCAUGCACCACGACUCCUAAUGACCACAAAAGCACAAUGCCCAUAACCCUCGAUCUCCUCCUAGCCGUCCUCGCCCGCACGCUCUUCCACCCCUUCAUCGCUUGGAUCCUCGUGCUCUGUCUCCGCGCCCAAGCCACGCCCUACACGGCGCCGCCCUUCCUGCUUGCCACGGGGUACGCCACGGUGCUCUCCGCUCUGACCGUUUUGGGGAGUGUGAACCGGCGCGUCGCGUACGGGCUGCCCCGGCGCGUGGAUCUGAGCGAGGAGGUCGUGGUUGUGACGGGCGGGGCGAGUGGGUUGGGCUUGUUGAUUGCGAGGAUUUAUGCAAUGAGGGGGGUAGAGGUUGCGGUUUUGGAUGUCAAUGUGCCUGAUGAGGGGGAGAAGAAGGGGAGGGAGGACCAGGGGGAGGAGGGGGAUGGAGUGGUGUAUUAUCGGUGUGAUGUUGGAGAUCGGGGGGCCUUGGAAGAGGUUGUUAGGAGGGUGGAAGUUGAGUUGGGAACACCGACGGUGCUGGUUCAGUGUGCGGCCGCUCGAAUCAACGGUCAAUCGCUUCGCGAACUCUCCGCGGAAGCGUUCCAGAAAACCAUCCGGACCAAUUUGCUCGCGGCUUUCCACGCCUACCAGGUCUUUCUGCCGCGCAUGCUGUCCGCUGCCACGGGCGGGACCAUCGUCACCGUCAGUUCGGUGCUGGGCCAGCUGUGUGCGGCGGGACUGGCGGACUACUCGGCGAGCAAGGCCGGGCUGAGCGCCGUGCAUCGCACGCUGGAGGCGGAGCUCCGGGCGUCGGGCGAUGAUGACAAGGUGAAGAUGAUUCUGGUGGAGCCCGGACAGAUUUCCACGCCGCUUUUCCAGUCGGUCAAAACCCCCAGCCGCUUCUUUGCCCCCGUCCUCGAGCCGGUCCACGUUGCGCAGGAGAUCGUUUCGGCCAUCGACAGCGGGAGAGGCGCGGUGAUUCGACUGCCCACGUUUGCGAUGCUGGUCAAUUGGUAUGCUGUGAUGCCUGUAGGCCUGCAACGGAUCGCGCGGUAUCUGAGUGGGAUCGACAACGCCGUGGCUCAAGCCACCUCGUCCCAGGCAAGACCGUCAACUACCGCAGCCCCGUCGACGGAGAAACCACAGCAAACCACGCCGCUUGCGGGAGAGAAAGACUGAUCUUAUGAUAAAGAAUCAGACGGUCAUAAACGGGAAUUGCAGAGACGUGGAACAAACCACGAUAUGUAUAUAAUGAAGACAGACUUCCACUCAGAGUGCAACUUAGAGCGUAAGACUGCCCAGACACCCUCCAAGCCGAGCAAUGACCCCACGAGCAAGCGCGAUGAGUGACGAAACCCAUCUACUGCUCCCGGGCCAGGAUCAUCUUCUCGCGCUCGCUCUCUCUCUUCUUCAGAUUCUCCUUCUUCGUGUGUUUCCGGACGUUUUCCUCGCGUCUCUUGAUCGCCAUCAGCUCCUCUCUCUUGAUCUCGCGGGCCUUCUUGAUCGGCUUGGGGACGUGGCGCUGGCGUCUGAUUCUCUUGAUCUCGGGCAUGUGCUGGUAUCUCUGGAUCAGGGCCUGGUCGUACUCGAGCUUGGUGCGCUGGCGGGCACUCUUAAUGCCACUGCGAUCGGAUGCAUUGGCGCGCC